AUGGCUGCAAAAAGGGGUAAGUCAGGGCUCCCACAAGCUGCUCCUCGGGCUGUGCUGAAGGUCUACCGAGGAGGGAACUCUGAGGGUCAUCUUCCAGUGGCAAGCAACCUGUGCAAACCAAAGUCAUUGACCAAUCUAUGCGUGCUUACUGACUCUGAGAAGAAGAUGCACCUGUACCAGCCUAAAUGGUCGGAUGACAUGGACAAGCCUGGGGAAGGUCAGAACAAGUCUGGCAAACUCAAAGAUGCUGGAAGGGGCACCAGCAAGUGUAUUCCACUCUCAAAGAAUCUUUCCAAAUCAGAGUAUUCACUCUUUCAAGGAAAGCCAAAACCCUUUAGUCCUCCUCAUUCUAAUUUGAGGAAACCCAAUCAGAUACCCAGGGGUCCUUAUGCAGAGAUCAAACCCAUUAGCAAGGCUCAAGAGCUGGCAGAUGAUGGAAAGUCAGAUGAUGAGAUAUUAUCCAGCAAGACUAAAGCUAAAAGUAAGAAAUCUGGUACCUUGGGAGCAGACACCCCAGGAGAUGGCAGAAGCAAAGAUGCUUCCGAACCUGAGGAAGGGGACAAGACCUUCCUUAAGGUGGAUCCAGAACUGGUAGUAACUGUACUUGGAGACCUGGAACAGCUUCUCUUCAGUCAGAUGUUAGAUCCAGAGUCCCAGAGGAAACGUACAUUUCAGAAUGUCCUCGACCUCCGGCAGAACCUGGAAGAUACCAUGUGCAGUUUGCGGGGGUCUCAGCUUAGCCACAGCUGUAUUGAGAGCAGCAUGUGCUACGACAGCGAUGAAACCAACGCGCACAGCAUCUCCAGCCUGUCCAACCAUUCCUCCCCUCUCUCCUGGCGCCAAGGCCAGUCUAGCCCGCGUCUGCAAGCUGGAGACGCCCCUUCCUCGAGGGUCACUGCCCACUCACUGCCUAUCCGCGCAACAACACAGAUCAGCCACCUGCAGCGCAUGCACCUCAUCGAGGGCCUGGAAGCCGCUGACGAUGACAUGGCUGACCUCAAGACUGGUUACCUUAGUGACACCAACCUGACGGAAAAGAGUCAAGCAGAAGAUGAUGAUGAUGUAGAUGUCGAUGAUGAUGACCUAACUAAUGGUUGGGAUGAAAGCAGCUCCAUCAGCAGCGGUUUGAGUGAUGGUUCAGACAACCUCAGCUCAGAGGAGUUCAACGCAGGCUCCUCCCUCAACUCUCUGCCAACCACACCCAUUGGCUCCCGGCGAAACUCUGCCAUUGUGCUGCGCACUGAUGCCGAGAAGCGCUCACUUGUUGAAAGCGGCCUUUCCUGGUACAGCGAGGAGGGGAAGACUCAGUGCCGGAAAGAGGGAGGAUAUGACACGGGCAGCCUUAAGGUGGAGUCAUCCAACAAGUGGAAAAAGAGCAGAGUGCAGGAUGACACAGCUGUCAAAGGUGAACUGAGGAAACCCCAGACGCUCGGCCACCCUCCCAGCGGACUGAAGAAGAGACGCAACCCUCCUGUAGGCGUGACAUCCCCGAUCACUCACACCACACAGAGCAUGCUCAAAUUACCAGGAGUUCCAAAGAAUGAUCACCGAGUCAUGGAUAAAACCAAAAUGGCAGUGAAAGCAUCUGGUUUACAACGUUCAAGUUCGGAUGCAGGCAAAGAUCGAAAACCUCCCUCUGGCCUUAACCGGUCCUCUGCUGGCACUGUAAAUUCUUUUGGUUUCAAGAAAUCGGUUCCUGCAACUGGUACUGCCACUGUGCUUACAACUGGUGGGAAUACAGUUUCUGGAGACUCUUUGAUUGUCAGCAAAGCUCCUAAAACUUCUAGCAUUCCUGUGAAACCAUCUAAUGGUGGUGUAGGUGGAGGACGGAAGACCAGCAUUGAUGUUUCAAACUGUGAUCAAGGUUUUAUGGCACCAAAUGCACGCAGCAAUAUCCAGUAUCGUAGUCUCCCAAGGCCUGCUAAGUCCAGCACCUUGAGUCUGACAGGAGGGCGGCCAGGAACUCGCCCUGUUAGCAGCAACAUGGACGUUGGUCUGCAGAGCCUUAAAACAGUCCCCACCCAGUCCAGGCUGAAGGAACCAAGCAGUGGAAGGAUCUCAAGCCGUGCCAGUACAGGAGGGAGUAACCCAGUUAAUCAAACCGACCGUGAGAAGGAAAAGGCCAAAGCCAAAGCAGUGGUGUCUGAUUCUGAGUGUUGUGGAGUUAACAUGUUACAGAAUGGUAUCCUUACGCCUACACAGACUGUAUUGGAGCCACCUUCCAAGCUACUGGUACUUCGACAACCAUCCAACUUGGGGAAAUAUUCCGAGCUGCCCUCUCCAAACUCCCAAAGGCCCCCCAGUGCCAGAUCUCUGCCCAAACCUACUCUUAUGGACAAGGUCAACUCCAACAGUCUGGACUGUGGGAUAGUCGAUGUGGAGAACCAACUUCCACCCAAAGUGCCGCACUUUUCCAAACUUCAGGAUCUAUCAGGAAUGAACAGCCCAAGCACAACUUGUCUGACCCCCAGCCCUGCUCCCGUCCUCAAUGUCAACUCCUCUGAAUGUUUCUCCAGUGCCACCGUGGGCCGAGGAGGCAGUGCUGGUGGCUCUCACUCAGUCUACCCUCGUCUCUCUGGGCUGCAUCGGAGCAUGGAGUCCCUGUCCCUGCAGAUGAGUGUGUCUCCAGCAGGGGACAGUGUGACAGAGUCUAGGUCCAGACAUGAGGACAAAGGGACAGUUAGUGGCUGGUCAACAGGAAGCAGGGUCUCACUCACUCUCACAUCAGACAGCUCACAAAGGGAUAGAAAUACUCUGCCUAAGAAAGGCUUAAGCCACAGCUCUUUGCAGGCUGAGGAGGAAAACAAAGAGAGACGUCAUUCACACACCAUAGUGAGUUUGACAGAGAUAAACAGUCCACCGCAGUUCCCUUCACCAAUACUAACAGCAAAGAUGCCACUGACCAGCAUCAUGACACCCAGCCCCACAUCUGGCACUCCCAGAAUGACCCGAUCCAACAGUAUUCCCACCCAUGAGGCCAGCUUUGAGCUGUAUCAAGCCUCUCCACUUGGCAGCACCCUAUCGCUUGCCGAACGGCCCAAGAGCAUGAUCCGGUCUGGCUCUUUCAGAGACAGAGAACCUGCCGAUGAUGUUCAUGGCUCAGUGUUGUCACUUGUAUCUAAUGCCUCCUCCACCAACUCUUCAGCUGAGGAGAGAAUGCAGGGUGAGCAAAUCCAUAAACUGAGGAGAGAGCUGGAAUCUUCGCAGGAGAAGGUGGCCAGUCUGAACUCACAGCUGUCUGCUAAUGCCAACCUGGUGGCAGCGUUUGAGCAGAGUCUCACGCUCAUGACAUCUCGACUCCAGACUCUCUGUGCAAGCGCUGAGCAAAAGGACACUGAAUUAAUGGACCUGAGAGAAACAAUUGAGAACCUGAAGACCAAGAACAUGGAGGCACAGGCUGUCAUCCAAGGAGCCCUCAAUAACCCAGAUAUUGACCCCAAAGAGUUUCGUAUCAGAAGGCAAAACUCAUCAGAGAGUAUUUCCAGCCUGAACAGCAUCACCAGUCACUCCAGUGUGGGCAGCCUGAAAGAUGAUGCCAAGAAAAAAAAGAAAAAGAGCUGGUUACGCAGCUCUUUUGGCAAGGCAUUCAGCAUUAAGAAGGGCUCUAAAUGUGGAUCUAUGUAUUCUGACAUUGAAGAGAUCACCACUCCAGACUCUUCAGCCCCCAACUCGCCAAAACUGGCACAUGAAGAUGGAGAGAACCCGCCUAAUUCCCUCGAAUCCAUCCAAUCAACCGCCUCCUCUGUGAUUCACGAGAGUAAUGAGGAAAAUGAGAGCGAUGAGCAUGUGGUGUCAGAGCUGAGGUCUGAGCUUUGGGAGAAAGAGAUGAAACUAACAGACAUCCGUCUAGAGGCAUUGAGCUCAGCACACCAGCUGGAGCAGCUACGAGACACAAUGAACAACAUGCAGAUGAUGGUGGAGAAUCUCAAGGCAGAAAAUGACCAGCUAAAAACUGGAAUUGCCCCAUCGUCUCUCAUCCUGCCUUGUGGCCCUCCCUCAACUUCCACCUCCCAACCUUCUGGCCUGUCCAGUCUCCUCAACUCCUGCCAAACCAAACCACCCAUGACCCUCACCAAGUCCUUCAGCCUCAGCCUCAAUGAAGGCUCCAACCCUGACAUUGCCCCAGUGGAGUCACUGAGCAUAUCAUCUCAAAGGGAUGAGGUCUUUACACGUGUGGUGGUUCGUAUAGCUGACCAGCAAGUGUCCGGAGAGAUGAGGCAACAGGAUUUCUUCAUCGGCUCUGUGAAAAUUAAUGAGAAGACCGAUUGGUCAACAUUAAACACAGUCAUCGCCACUAUUUUCAAGGACUACAUCUCUCAGGUGGACCCUGGUGCGAGUAUGGGGUUGUCUGUAGACUCUGUUCACAGUUACAGUAUUAAUCAGAGCAGGAGUGUGCUUGGAGCAGAAGCCCCAUCGAGCUCACCGUUUGACAGUUUAAUAAAGGGUCCGGGACUCAUCGCUGUUGCCCUCAAAGGUUUUAAAGAGAAAUGUGUUGACAGCCUUGUGUUUGAGACACUCAUACCCAAGCCCAUGAUGCAGCACUAUAUCAGUCUGCUGCUAAAGCACCGACGGCUGGUCCUGUCAGGUUCCAGUGGCACAGGAAAAACCUACCUUACCACCCGCCUGGCUGAGUACCUGCUGAAGAUGAGCGGCCGCGACCCUGGCCCUGGCCUUAUCACCAACUUCAACAUGCACCAACAGACCUGCAAGGAUCUCCAGUUGUACUUGUCUAAUCUGGCCAAUCAGAUUGACCAAGAUUGUGAUGCUGAGGACAUUCCAUUUGUCAUAAUCUUGGAUGAUGUCAGUGACGCGUCUUCCAUCACUGACCUGGUGAACAGCGCAUUGACCUGCAAGUAUCACAAAUGCCCAUUUGUCAUUGGAACAACCAAUCAGCCUGUUAAGAUGUCAUCAAAUCAUGGCUUGCAUCUCAGCUUUAGAAUGGUCACCUUCUCCAACAACGUGGAGCCUGCAAAUGGGUUCUUAGUGCGGUACUUGCACAGGAAGUUGAUCGAGACAGAGGAUGAAAGCACAGUUCACAGAACUGAGGUUCUAAAGGUUCUGGACUGGGUACCUAAACUCUGGUAUCACCUCCAUACCUUCCUGGAGAAACACAGCACCUCAGAUUUCCUCAUAGGUCCCUGCUUCUUCCUGUCCUGUCCAGUGUCAUUACCAAAGUUUCGGUCCUGGUUUAUUGAUCUCUGGAACCAGUCCAUUAUUCCUUAUUUGCAGGAAGGUGCCAAGGAUGGUGUGAAGGUCCAUGGUCAGAAAGCAGCAUGGGAGGAUCCCGUAGAGUGGGUGAGGGAUACGCUGCCCUGGCCUUCAGCUCAACAGGACCAGGCCAAACUCUUUCACCUUCCUCCCCCAACCACCAGCCCAAAUGCUGCUCCAACACAACAGCUCAUUGAUGACAGGUCCAGCAAAGACUCCGCACAGCACACCAUGGAGUCAGAUCCACUGAUGGCUAUGCUGCUGAAACUCCAGGAAUCGGCCAACUGCAUUGAGUCACCAGAACGGGACAUUUCAGGCAACCCCAGUUUCUAGGAUGAAAUAACAGACUAAUGUUCUCACUGAAGGCUAGUGCUGUUACAAAAUAAAUAAAAAAAAUGCCCUAUACGUUUGCACCUCCCUUGUCUCCUUAAGAAGGUUUGUGGGAGUCAAGAAAAGGAACUCAAGAACUGGGAUUUAAAUGCUGAUGAAAUUCUCAAACUGGAAAGAAAACCGAAGACCUGAUCCUAUCAGAGCUGAGCUUGAAUAUUUUUUUGCACUGUUGUCUUAACUGAUCUUUCCCUGGGUUAUCUAAUCCGCAAGUGCAUGGCAAUACUUGCAACAGAGGAUUGUGAAGAUUGGAUGAUUGUGAAGAUGAGAGAUCUUCUUUGGACUAAAAUAUAUUUAUUCUGUUGACAUAUUUCCAAGACGAUCUGCUACAUUCAUUCAAAAGUUGCCUGAACCCUGUACACAAAGAUGCAGUUACAAUGUGAUGCCAUUUAGAUAAACCAACAUUGAUGCAAAAUGUCAUAUACAAGAUGGUGCUUAGAAUCCAGCCUAUUAAGUCAGUUUCAUAGAAAUUUGAAUAUACUAUAUAUUACCUCACAGUUGCAAAGUUAUGCAGUUUCAAGGUGCAGUACAUACAUUUAACCAGAUUGCUUUUAACACUUCCCUCAAACACGGAGACAUGAAGGAGACAGAUGUAGUCUGUAGACAAAUGCCGCUGUAGUAAGAACCACGAGAGAAUGCACUUUGAUUCACAGCUUUCCAUUAAGAGUAAAGAUUUCAUGAGGGACAAUAACAGAGGUGCUGCUAACAGGUGCAUUGAAGCAGUAUGCAAUGUCUUGGGCCAGAAACAUACUCUAUCCACUCUAUGUGAACGCAAAUGCAUCUAGCUGCACAAGCACUGUAUCACUUGUUGUUGCAUUUUGAAAUGUUUUAUAACGCAAUGCAAAUACAUGUUGCACUCUCAGCAUUCCCACAAGGGGCAAUAUAGAAGACAUUAGCAUAACCGGCCAUUCGCUUAAGCACCAAACACGUUUGCAACCAUUUGCACAAAUUUUCAUUUGUUUAUCUAAGUAAAUAUGCGCUAGACUGAUACUUAGGCUAUUGCGCCAACUCUCGUGCAGGAGCGGCAUGUUUUUAAAUGCAUGUCAUGUUAAAAAGCUAUUAAAAGCUAUCUCGAGACACCUGCUUUCUAUUUGGUUUGAAUGGUCCCCAAACUGUCUUCUUCUAUAGUUACAGUUUUCACUUUCAACUACUGUCAUGGCGAAGAAACAGUUUGAAGCCAAUCUUGUUAGUUAAAGUUGAUAUGUUUAUAGCUAGCUACCUUAAUAAUAACACAUUAGUACCUGUUUCUUAAUGCUAAGAAUGCAAAGAAUGAACUUGCAUUCUGGUGAAGACUGGUCUUGCCUAGCUGCCUUGAAAUAGCAAACUCAAAAGUACAAGAGGACAUCAAACGAGUCCACAAAAACUUAAGAAUGCAUAAGAACGCACAUUGAGAAACAGGUUUAAAGUUACAUAUAUAUGAUGGUAACUCUAUUGUCCCCUUGAUUACUUUAAUACCACCACAUUUACACAAGAAUAAAUGGUGAGUGUGUACAAUGGGACUGCACGAUGGCAAAGUGUUGCUCAAGUGGUCGUGUCUUUAUUUGAGUAGAGUAUGUUUCUGGCCUUACCUCCCGUACUUCCUUAUGUGUACUUGACCUUUGAUCUUAGGUUCCCAAGGUGCUCAUGAACCAUCAACAUAAUCAUAGGCUUGGUUCACAUUGACCAAAUCCAAGUUUGGGAGUAUCCUAGUUGGUCUACAUCAUUACAGCCAAUGUAGAUAUAUUGAAUAUUGACUACACUGCCUGAACAUUGGAUCUGUCUGGCAAAAUAAAAGUGUGAACAAUCAAUUCUAAAUGCUGGAUCUUAAAAACAAAUCAGAAUUAUGUGAAGUGUGAACAAAGCCAAAAUGGUUAAAACAAUACCUUUGUGAAUACUGGAGGUUCAACGCAAAAUAACAUCCAUAUUAGCUUAUAGUUUUGCAUGCACUUGUGUCUUUGGUUAUCUGUUACAAUGUAGCCAAUUUCGGAAAUUAUGUCAUAAUUGGUUAAAAUUUAUGGUAAUGGAAAAUCACAGGAACCCAACAUGACCACAGGUCUUUUAGAAUCUCUCAAAUCAUUCCAAUAACACUGAACAAUGUAAUGAUGACAAAAUAUUAACAAAAACAUGUGAUUCAACUCACAAACUCCAUAACUCAUUAAUGCGUAUGCUAUUGGCUGAUUGAAGGUGCCCAGAACUGCACACGCAUGAAAGCUUUAACUUUGAGGAAAAUUAUGAUGAAGUUUAAAAAUCAUGAGAUGCAAAUCUACAAGAGCAAAGUGAUCUUUUGACUAAUUUAUUAUUAUGGCAUAAUUAAAGUUGAAUGUGUCAAUUACGUAUGCUAACUGAAUAAUGUUAAUGUUAGCACUAACAAUGUCAGAUUUCAAAUACACGCAAUUGUUCACAGAAUGUAAAUGGAAAAAAUUGUUUGCCAACAUGCCUAGUGCUCUUGAUGGUGCUUGCUGACUCUGUGCUUGUGUUUAAGUGUUCUGUUACUGUCAGAUGUAUAAACAGAGGAGUGAUUUUUAAAGGUCUUUUUGUAAAAAAUUUUUUAUAAAAGCCUCUUUGUCUGACAUUUGUAAAUAUGAUUUUCAAAUAAAAAAAAUGCAGAAAGAAAAAAUAAACAAACAAAAAAGUAUGAAGUCGAAUAAACACCGCAAGGAUUAAAUACGGCAAAUAUAAACUGAAUGUGUCUGGUAAGAUAUGCAUUACAGUGAGGAUUUUCUCAGUAACAAUGUAUUUUCGCAGUCAUCUCUCUUCAUUGCCUUUCCUGCAAGUUAACUGCCACAAUGUAAUGUUGCCUAUGUAAACAUUUUCCUCUUAAAAGUGUCCUCUCUAUUCUCUUCCGGAUCAUGCAAGGUAUUUAAUGGCUUUAACAACUCAACAAAUAUACUUAAGAAAAGUGGCAGCGGUGCUUCACUUCACACCAGUACCUCAAAUCUGUCUUAACUGCUAAUUUUAUUAUCAUAAACUUCCCUUAAUUGCUUAUGGAUAGUUUGAUGGACAUUGCAAUACCUGAACUAUUAUGUGUUUUGCUGUGCAGGAUAAGAAUGCGAGCGAAAUUGAGAUUUGAGCUUGCCGGAAGUCUUGUUUCCAAAUGUCAUGGAACACGAGGCUACUUUGCCAGCUAGCACAAACUAAAGCCAUUUCCAACUGUUCAAAUCAAUGUCUGUCCUUGUGUGAAAGAUCUAUUUGUUAUCUUAGUAUAGUGUGAUAUACCCAAUCUACUUUCUUGCAUAAGAGGGCUGUUAGUGACCUGAUGAAGUUUGUAUAUCCUUAAAUGGGUGUCUAAUUAAAAGAGCGAACAUUUAGAUUAAUUUAUUUGUUUUGUUUUUUUCUACUUUCGACAAUGUCAAAGUAACAAUGUUGAAUGUUCAAGCAGGUACAAUAAAACAAAACCUGUACUUUGUAAACUUUUCUUUUUUUUUUUUUUUCUUGGCAUAAAGCAUCCCAUAUAUGGUCAAUUUGUGGGAGAGAUGGUGUUGCAUUUUAGCCCAUGGGUUCAAUCAUUAGUACCAAUGCCAGAUGACAAUGGUAUAUGAUGAAGCUAAUGUGCAGAUAUAAUGGUGUUUUAAUGCUGUUGAUGUAUGUCACCAUUCUUUAUCUGGACCUACCUAUCCCAAUGGGAUUUCAAACAAAAAAUAUAUAUCUCCAUGUUUUGUUUUGUUUUGGUCAAGACGUGAAUCUUGCUUUCUAUUAAUUCUUUAUAAAUCUUUCUAUAUUUGUAUAGAAAAUUGCAAUUGUAAACAUUGUAAAUAGUUAAUGCAUCUGCGACCACAAUCAGUAAAAUAUGAAGAUCCGGCCCUAAGAUGAGAUGUUGUUUUGUAUUAUUAUUGCAGUCUACAGACUGUCUGUUGAAAGGGGUGAAAAGGGCAUGUUAUGAUCUGAGAGAAUUUCAACCAUUAAAUAUUCACUCAAGUUUUCAAUAAACUCGUUCCA